UGGAAAUACACGCAGAGCUAACUUAUGCCAAAUUCUUGGGUAUGAGCGCUAUAUUGUGUGCAUUGGAGGCACAGAAUAUCUACGCUCUCAUCAAAAUUGCAUAUCGUUUGCGAUUAUGUGUCAGUGCUUUCAAGGAAUGCAAAACAAUACUGAGAAACCGAUCCAUUUGGGAGUCGGAAACAUCAAAACAACACUUCGAGGCCGGCGUACGGCUAGCAAAUGGCAUACAGCACCUGACCAUCAGUCAUAUCCCACCAAAACUGUUGAAAAUAGUGAAUUUUCUCGGCUAUAAGGGUGUGGAAAGUCGAGCCUUUCAGGAGUUAAGCCGUACGGCGUUUGAAUUGCCCGGAAUUAGUAGUCGUAUCGCUCAAGUAGUGCUCCUAUUCUACUGGAUUGCGGGCCAACCGCACGCCUGUCUCGGACCCAAAGAAUCCUCCCUUGCCUUCAGUCAACAGAUCAUUGAUAAGGAAUUGAAAAGAUUUCCAAAAAGUUUGUUGUAUAGGUUAGCGCAGGCAAAGUUGGCCCAAAUCAGUGGCCACAUCGAUGAGGCCAUCCAUCUGUUCAAAGACUGUUUGGCAAACAAUAGUCUGGAAAUCAGUCAUAAGAUAUUUCAUAUGGAACUGUCGUUAUGUCACGCCUUGAAGUGUGAAUGGAGUGAAGCCAUUGAUUACGCGGAACUCGUCCGCCAACAGUCGGUCCACUCGCCGGCGAUUAUCACAUAUUUGGUCGCAAUCUUCAGAUACGCCAAGAGUGUGGACGACUGCGACCCGCAUAUGAAACAAACGGCCGCCAAAUUGUUUGAGUCCGUAUAUUAG